CUGGUGUUGACCCAUCUGCAGCUUCAGUUCCUGAUGGGUCUGGUGUUGACCCACUUGCAGCGUCACAGGGUCCUCCUGUUCCCCCGUCAGCUUCCAUUCCCAGCACCUCGGAGGCUCGCGAUCCAGUAUACCCUGCCAUUUUGGCAAGGUUGGAGACUGUGGAGAGGGGGCAGGCCGCUCUGCUAAGAGGACAAACAGCGAUUAUGGAUCAGUUGAAGACCAUAAUGACGCUCCUGCAAGAUCCUGGAAGGCCGGCAGCAGAUUCACAGCCACAGCCACAGCCACAGCCACAACCGGAAGAGGAGGCUCGGACACCGGAAGAUGACUUCAUUCUCCCAAAUGAUUACCAACCGGAUGAUGAUGACAUGUUCUGUACACCUGAGAAGACGAAUAUCACCAGCAUCGGGGAUACUCAGGAUUCUGAGGUGCAGGUGUUAGAGACAGCUCCAGAAGUCAUGGAGAACCGGAGGAAGAGAUGGAGGCCUAGGUGGUUCGCUGAGUACACUGAAAUGAAGAAGAAGGCUAGGGCUACUUCGACACUCGUGAAUGCGGACCCACUUAGAGUGGUUGAUCGGAAGCUGCUCAAGACUUUUCACAAUUGGGUACUCGGCCAGAUUGGGAACAAUUACCCGAGAGAGUGCUUCACCGGUCGAUACCAUUCGUCUUGGUUCCUCGAACUGCAUACUCCGAAAUUUUGGCUUGGGAACGAUCAUUUGGAUGCGGCAUUCCAUUUGAUGAGGAGGCGGCAACACUUUUAUCCCGAGUCCUACCCGAAUAGAUGUGUCACAAUGCCGUGUAUUUUCCCAGCAGGAGUUAUUGCUCGGUGGGAAGCUGCGGGUGAUGACCAGGCUAACUAUCAGUGGGACGAGAGCAUAUUAGAUUUGAUUCGAGGGGAUGAAAGUCAAUUCUUGGCCAGUUGGAAGAACAAGGAGAGAAUAUAUAUGGCCCUCUACUUCGAUGGAGCAAAGCAUUGGGUGGCAUUAGAGAUAGAUCUGGAUCAUUGGUUGUUGAACAUAUUUGACUCCAGCCUCGGAUCGAUUUCCCCGAACGAAUUGAACCGUCACCUGGCAAUGUGGGAAAAAUUACUACCAAAUUUGCUGCUGCAGGCUGGCCUAUUCGAGAGUCAUGACAUGAUCCUCUUGCCUCAACUUACCGCCUCAGAGAGCCAGGUCAGAAAUUUCACUUCAAAAGUCAUGGAUCGGGCCGUUGUUCCACAGACAAAGACAAGGUAACUUAAUUACAAUUGAUUUUUUUGUUAUUUAACUUGAAUUUAAUUUGCACACUUUUAUUCAUUUACUUUUUAUUGUC